CAAGUUAGAGCAGUGGUUCUCCACCUUGGCUGCACAGUAGAAUCACCUGGGAAUCUUUUUAAAACCCUGAUUUCUGGGCCCGGAUUUUAAAAAGAUUCCCAGGUGAUUCUACUGUGCAGCCAAGGUGGAGAACCACUGAGUUAGAGGCUUCUCUGCCUUUUUAUUUACAAAUAUUUACUGGGUACAUAGUAUGUGCCUAGCAUUGUUCUAUGUGCUGGGGAUACAGCAAGAAGCAAAACAAAGGCUUUUCCUUGUAGGGCUCACAUUUGUAGCAGGGGGACAAGCAAUAAACUGAGAAGUAGAUUUAUAAGGGGGUGGUAACAGAUACUAUGAAAAAAAAAGAGCCCUAGCCGGUUUGGCCUGAAGACCCAAGGGUCGCGGGUUCAAUCGGGUCAAGGGCCCUACCCCGGAUGCAGGCUCCAUCCCCAGCACCAGUCAGGGCGCAUGCAGGGGGCAACCAAUUGAUAUGUCUCUCUCACAUUGAUGUUUCUCUCUUUCUCUUCCCCUCCCUUCUACUCUCUUAAAAAAAAAAAAAAAUCAAUGGAAAAAAUAUCCUCAGGUGAGGAUUUUAAAAAAAAGAAAAAGAAAAAAGAACAUAAGGAGGGCAGUGGGAGUUGGGAGGGGGGAUCUUCUCACUCUUUGAGAACCCAACUCCCUUCCUCAUACUCAUGUCCUUGUUCCCCUUCCCCCAGUCUGCAGAAUUGUCUGUUCACAAUUGGAAAAUAAGAUUUUUCCUUAACUUAGUGAAGAAAAUAUGACAGUCAGAUGGCUGGAAAGACAAAUACUGUGAUAUGUAAACUAAACAAAACCAGAACUUUUGAAAGCAGUGUUUUUAGUACAUGUCAUUAUUAAGUAAUAUAACCACAAAUAAUGUUUUGGUUUCUAUAGUGCAGUUCCUUUUAUCAGAAAACCGACGUUUAUGCUGUUACCCCUAGUGCUUUUGUUUGCCUUUUGCUCACCCAGGCCUUCCUGUACCUUAUAAAAAGAUCAGAGAGCCGGGUUGAGGAUUCUGCUGCAGGAAGGCACCAGUUAAGGACCCUGGAAAGGACAGUGUCUUCGGUGCCAGUUCAUAAUGGGUUGGCUUCGGCUGUUUUUCCUCCAUCCCGUCUCACUUUACCAAGGGACUGCUUUUCCCUUUGCACUUCUAUUUAAUUGUCUCUGCAGCACGGAUUCAUUUCCCACUCAUGCCAGGUAGGUGUGAUGGCUGAUUUUGUCCAUACAUCUGUGAAUGUUAUGGUAGGUCAAAUAGCAUAGAUCGCAGUGCAGAUGUGAAGGUCUAUCUUAUAAAAACCCAGCAGCCCUAACGCCAUAAUGACCAAAGACUGGGGUAGGUGGGUGGGGCUGCACAAUUUCACGCGCUGGGCUUCUAGUUAAAUAUAAUCACACUUUUUUAUUAUUGAUUUCAGAGAGGAAGGCAGAGGGAGUGAGAGAUAGAAACACCAAUGAUGAGAGAGAAUCAUUUUUGCACUUUAAAUAUUUUUUUAUUUUUUAAUUACAGCUGACAUACAAUAUUAUAUUAGUUUCAGGUGUGCAACCCAGUGAUUAGGCACUAUAUAACUCACUAAGUUAGAACCCCAAUAAAUCUGGUACCCAUCUGACAGCAUACAUACUUAUUACAAUAUUAUUGACUAUAUUCCCUAUGCUGUAUAUCCCAGGGUCACUAAAGCAGGAGUCAAGAUUGAUCUCCUGGGGUAAUCGUUCACAAAUGGACUCUGGCUCGUUCUCCCGUGGUCCUUCCCUUCAGAAGAGCCAAAGGCAGGUUUGGGAGUGAUAACAGUAUGACUUCUUUAGGUGUUCUGUGAGGCCUGCUUCAGCUGAGUCACCCAGAGUGACUGAAGCGGCUCAUGUGUCGCAGUGUUCUCAGUCAGUCUCACGGGCUGUCUGUCCUUCUUUCAGGCACCUCUUUCUCCUGGCUGGAGGAGGGGCCCUGGCCUUGGCUGCUAUGGGUUCCUUUGCUGUGCUUGUCUUCAUCCCUGCUCUGGGCACCGUGGUUCUGAUCGACUCACUCUGCCCACAGGAGGCCCACAGGUGGGCUUUCCUCUUUCAGAUGAGCUGGCAGACGCUGUGUCACCUGGGCUUGCACUAUACUGAGUAUUACCUGCAGGAACCUCCUUCCACGAGGUUCUGCAUCACUCUUUCUUCCCUCAUGCUCUUGACCCAGAGGGUCACAUCCCUCUCUCUGGACAUUUGUGAGGGGAAGGUGGAGGCAGCAUCACAAGACAUCAGGAGCAGGAGCUCUUUGUCUGAGCAUCUGUGUAGGGCACUGCCCUAUUUCAGCUACUUGCUCUUUUUUCCUGGCCUCCUAGGAGGCCCUCUGUGUUCUUUCCAGAGAUUUCAGGCUCGUGUUCAAGGGUUCAGCUCUGUGUGUCCCAGGUACUCUUUCUGGGCUUUCACCUGGAAGGGUCUGCAGAUUCUGGGACUGGAGUGCCUAAUGGUGGUCAUGAGGCGGGUGGUGAGUGCAGGAGCCGGUCUGGCCGACUGCCAUCAACUCCAGUGCAUCUAUGUCAUGUGGUCCACCGCUGGGCUCUUCAAACUCACCUACUACUCCCACUGGCUCCUGGAUGACUCCCUCCUCUAUGCUGCGGGCUUUGGAUCUGAGUUUGGCGAGAGCCCUGGCGAGGAGGGAUACCUCCCUGAUGCGGACAUUUGGAUGCUAGAAACAACCCACAGGAUAUCCCUGUUCACGAGAAAAUGGAACCAAAGCACAGCUCGGUGGCUCAGACGCCUCAUAUUCCAACAGGGCAGGGCCUGGCCGUUGUUGCAGACAUUCGCCUUCUCCGCCUGGUGGCACGGACUCCACCCAGGACAGGUGUUUGGUUUCCUUUGCUGGGCUCUGAUGGUGAAAGCUGACUACCUGAUUCACACCUUUGCCAAUUUGUUUAUCAGAUCCUGGCCGAUGUGGCUACUCUACAGAACCCUCACCUGGGCCCACACCCAGCUCAUCAUUGCCUAUAUAAUGCUGGCCGUGGAGGGCAGGAGCCUCUCCUCUCUCUGGCUGCUGUGUAAUUCUUACAACAGUGUCUUUCCCAUGGUGUACUGUAUUUUGCUUUUUCUAUUAGCAAAGAGAAAGCACAAAGUUAACUGACAUCUUUCCCCAGCCUUCAUUUUAUACAUCCAUGAAACAGAAUUUAGAAAGUGCCAGAUGGUUGUUGAUGAUGCAAAUAUUUGAAUGUUUUCAUAAUAAAAGUUUUUUUAAAAAUAU